AUGCGAAAUACUUGGCGGUCUCCCCGGAGUGCGAUUUGGGAAUACUGGACAUUGCUGAUUGCGUGUCUAUUUUGGAUUCACUACUCUAACGGGAUGCCUCAUGUUAUACGAAUAGGUGGGAUUUUCGAACAAACAGAUGGACCUGUUUCCCUUGUUAGCGCGGAGGAGCUUGCCUUUAAAUUUGCUGUCAAUAACAUUAACAGAAACAGGACUUUGUUGCCAAACACAACAUUAACAUAUGAUAUACAGAGGAUUAAUAUCUACGACAGUUUUGAGGCGUCAAGAAAAGCAUGCGACCAGCUGUCUUUAGGUGUGGUUGCAAUAUUUGGGCCCUCGCAUAGUUCAUCAUCAAACGCUGUGCAGUCCAUCUGCAAUGCGUUGGAGGUGCCGCAUGUCCAGGUGCGGUGGAAACAUCACCCCAUGGACAACAGAGACAGCUUUUAUGCUAAUUUAUACCCAGAUUAUUCUUCACUAAGCUAUGCUAUCCUGGACCUGGUGCAGUUUCUCAAAUGGAAAACAGCCACCGUCGUAUACGAUGACAGCACAGGUCUGAUAAGACUACAGGAGCUGAUAAUGGCCCCGUCCAGGUACAACAUAAGGCUAAAGAUUCGUCAGCUUCCUCUUGACUCUCAGGACGUGAGACCCCUACUCAAAGAAAUGAAGAGAAGCCGGGAGUUUCGCAUCAUCUUUGACUGCAACCACCACAUGGCGGCACAGAUUCUCAAACAGGCCCAGACCAUGGGGAUGAUGACAGAGUAUUACCACUAUAUCUUCACCACUCUGGACCUGAUGGCCAUUGACCUGGAGCCGUAUCGCUUCUGUGGUGUCAACAUGACCGGCUUCCGCAUCCUCAACGUGGAUAAUCCCCAGGUGGCAUCCAUUGUGGAGAAAUGGUCGAUGGAAAGGCAGAUUCCACCUAAACCUGACUCAGGCCUGCUGGAGGGCAUCAUGACGACAGAUGCGGCUCUGACCUAUGAUGCAGUCCACAUUGUAUCCGUCUCGUACCAGCACGCUCCACAGAUGACGGUAAACUCGCUGCAGUGCCACCGCCACAAACCUUGGAGAUUUGGAGGGCGCUUCAUGAGUUUCAUCAAAGAGUCCCACUGGGAUGGUUUGACGGGGAGACUGUCAUUCAACAAGACAAGUGGUCUACGUACAGACUUCGACCUGGAUAUCAUCAGUUUGAAGGAGGAGGGACUUGAAAAGGUGGGGAAGUGGAGUGUGUCGGGAGGUCUUAACAUCACAGAAGUGCCGAAGCGAAAAGGGAUGAACAUCACUGAUUCCCUAGCUAACCGCUCCCUCGUCAUCACCACCAUCCUGGAGGAGCCAUACGUCAUGCUUAAGAAGUCUGACAAGGCGUUGGUUGGGAACGACCGCUUCGAAGGAUACUGCGUCGACUUGCUCAAAGAGCUGGCCACCGUCCUGGGCUUCACGUAUGAGAUCCGUCUGGUGCCUGAUGGGAGAUACGGCUCCCAGGACGACAAGGGCCAGUGGAACGGCAUGAUCAGGGAACUUAUAGAGCAUAGAGCAGACUUGGCAGUGGCUCCUCUCACCAUCACCUACAUGCGUGAAAAGGUAAUCGACUUCUCCAAGCCCUUCAUGAGCAUGGGCAUCAGCAUACUGUAUCGCAAACCCAAUGCCACCAACAACGGCUUCUUCUCCUUCCUGAACCCCAUGACUCCUGACAUCUGGGUCUACAUCCUCUUGGCCUACCUGGGUGUUAGCUGUGUCCUCUUUGUCAUUGCCAGGUUCAGCCCAUAUGAAUGGUAUGACGCCCAUCCUUGUAACCCUGGAUCUGACGUGGUGGAGAACAACUUCACCCUCCUCAACAGCUUCUGGUUUGGAGUCGGUUCCUUAAUGCAACAAGGCUCAGAACUGAUGCCGAAAGCCCUGUCGACCAGGAUCAUCGGUGGGAUCUGGUGGUUCUUCACACUCAUCAUCAUAUCAUCCUAUACUGCUAAUUUAGCAGCUUUUCUCACUGUGGAGAGAAUGGAAUCGCCUGUGGACUCGGCCGAUGACAUCGCCAAGCAGACCAAGAUUGAGUAUGGUGUGGUCAAGGAUGGCGCAACCAUGACUUUCUUCAAGAAAUCUAAGGUUUCUACUUUCGAGAAGAUGUGGGCCUUUAUGAGCAGCAAGCCGAGCACAUCACUGGUGAAGUCCAUUGAGGAUGGGAUCCAGAGGGUGCUGAAGUCAGACUAUGCCCUUAUUAUGGAGUCCACCACUAUCGAUUACAUUACUAGGACGAACUGUAACCUGACACAGGUGGGAGGGAUCAUCGACAGCAAAGGCUAUGGCAUCGGCACUCCCCUCGGCUCCCCAUACAGGGACAAAAUCACCAUAGCAAUCCUAAGCAUUUUGGAGGAUGGGCGCCUACACAUGCUGAAGGAGAAGUGGUGGAGUGGGAGCAGCUGCUUGGAUGAAGAGCGUCACGAGACAGGCCCCAUGGGUAUCCAGAACCUGGGUGGUAUAUUCAUUGUGCUGGCAUCUGGUCUCGUGCUGUCUGUUUUUGUGGCGAUUGCUGAAUUCAUCUACAAGAUGAGGAAGACUGCGGAACAUGAUCAGAGGUCUUUGUGCAGUGCCAUGGUGGACGAGAUCAGACUGUCGUUCACCUGCGAGAGGCGGGUGAAACACAAGCCUCAGCCUCCAGUCAUGGUGAAGACGGAUGCAGUGAUCAACAUGCACGCCUACAACGACCGACGACUCCCGGGAAAGGACCACAUGAGCUGCAGCACUGGGAUGACCCCCGUGUUUCCAUGACAUUGUGUUCCCCCCAGGGCAAGA